CUUUUUUUUUUUUUACAAGGGAUGAACAGUAAGAUUUCUUUUUAAUGUCUCAUUAGCCUUGUUACAGGAGAUUGGAGAAAGAUGGAAUGCAAGGAAGGGGAAUCCCGAAGGAAAUAGAGUCCCAAACAGGCUGUAGAGAGAAACUGUCAUGCGAUACAAUGACAAAAUAUCAUUUGAUUCUCAUCUACAGAAGAAUUUAAUCAGGAAGUGGACUACAUGGCAUUUUUUCAAGUUUUUGAGAGUAUUUGACCAACAGAAUAUGAGGCAUGGAAGAGUUCUAAGGUGAUCAGCUGCUUUGGGCUGAGCAUCAUCAUCUUUGUUCAGGUGGAUCUAGGCUUCCAAGACAGGCCUUCAGACAGUCCAAUGGCAGACCAAAGGAUGGACAUAUCUUCUACAAUUAGUGACUUUAUGUCACCAGACCCUGCUGACUUGAUCUCCAGUUCCCUUAGCACUUCAGGAAUGGAUUGUAAUAGAAAAAGAAAGGGAAGCUCUACCGAUUAUCAACUCGAUGGCUUUCCUUUUGAGGAAGGUAUGGAUACAGAUAAAGAUGACCAACAUGGAAGACUGGAGUAUGCAGACCAACAAGGCAGAAUAAAAAAUGCAAGGGAGGCUCACAGUCAGAUCGAGAAGAGGCGCAGAGAUAAAAUGAACAGUUUCAUAGAUGAACUGGCCUCACUGGUCCCAACAUGCAACGCGAUGUCUCGGAAGCUGGACAAGCUCACCGUGCUGAGAAUGGCUGUGCAGCACAUGAAAACACUACGUGGUGCUACAAAUCCAUAUACAGAAGCAAACUAUAAGCCUGCUUUUCUAUCAGAUGAUGAAUUAAAGCAUCUUAUUCUCAGGGCAGCAGAUGGAUUUCUUUUUGUUGUGGGCUGUGACAGAGGAAAGAUACUUUUUGUUUCGGAAUCUGUUUUCAAGAUCCUCAACUAUAGCCAGAAUGAUUUGAUUGGUCAAAGUUUAUUUGAUUAUCUCCAUCCUAAAGACAUUGCCAAAGUGAAAGAGCAGCUCUCUUCUUCUGACACUGCACCACGGGAAAGGCUCAUAGAUGCAAAAACCGGACUCCCAGUCAAAACCGACAUCACACCUGGGCCAUCGCGACUCUGUUCGGGAGCACGAAGGUCCUUCUUCUGCAGGAUGAAGUGCAAUAGGCCUUCAGUGAAAGUAGAAGACAAGGAUUUCCCUUCAACCUGUUCAAAGAAGAAAGCAGACCGCAAAAGCUUUUGCACUAUUCAUAGCACAGGAUAUUUAAAAAGCUGGCCUCCAACAAAGAUGGGACUGGAUGAGGAUAACGAGCCAGAUAAUGAGGGCUGUAAUUUGAGCUGCCUUGUUGCCAUCGGGAGGCUCCAUCCCCACGUGGUGCCACAGCCGGUGAACGGAGAGAUACGGGUGAAACCUACGGAAUACGUGUCCCGACAUGCGAUAGAUGGGAAAUUCGUUUUUGUAGAUCAGAGGGCAACAGCCAUUCUGGCAUACUUACCCCAGGAACUUCUAGGUACUUCGUGUUAUGAAUAUUUUCAUCAAGAUGAUAUAGCACACCUUGCAGAAUGUCAUAGACAAGUUUUGCAGACAAGAGAAAAAAUUACAACCAACUGCUACAAGUUUAAAAUAAAAGAUGGCUCUUUUAUUACAUUGCGGAGUCGCUGGUUCAGUUUCAUGAACCCUUGGACCAAAGAAGUAGAAUACAUUGUCUCAACAAACACAGUCGUUUCCACCACCGUACUGGAGAGUGGGGACGCAGCCUUUCCACAGCUCGCGGCGUCUCCACACAGCAUGGACAGUGUGCUCCAGGCUGGAGAAGGUGGUCCAAAAAGGACCCAUCCUACUGUGCCUGGAAUUCCAGGUGGAACAAGAGCAGGAGCAGGUAAAAUAGGGAGGAUGAUUGCUGAAGAAAUCAUGGAGAUUCACAGGAUAAGAGGAUCAUCACCUUCCAGCUGCGGCUCCAGUCCCCUGAAUAUCACCAGCACCCCACCACCUGACACCUCCUCCCCAGGAGGCAAGAAGAUCUUGAAUGGUGGCACUCCAGACAUUUCUUCAGCUGGGUUGCUGUCUGGGCAAAUCCAGGAUAAUUCUGGUUACCCCUAUUCCGACAACUCCUCCAUCCUUGGGGAGAACUCCCACAUCGGCAUCGACAUGAUCGACAACGACCAGGGCUCGAGCAGCCCUAGCAAUGAUGAGGCCGCCAUGGCCGUGAUCAUGAGCCUGCUGGAGGCCGACGCGGGGCUGGGCGGCCCUGUGGACUUCAGUGACCUGCCCUGGCCCUUGUAAAUGAUGCCCCCAGACACCCAAAUAUCAAAGUGCAUUUACUGGUGGAGUUCUACUCUGGUGAAACUCGUGGGACUGAGGAGCUUUUAUGUACAGAGUUCAUAAAAGCCGUGUCAGAAUGCAACUCAUCCUUACCAUGUGUAACUUCAGACAAAGUGGAAUAACCUGCUACAGUGUUCUAUGUUGAUUUGGUUAGCUGUGUAUAGCUUGCAAUACUUGUAUAUUUUGGAUUCUGUUGUUUGAAAUUUUUUUUUAAAUCACUGUGCAACUCACUGGCAUCAGUGGUAGUUUUUAUAUGCAAAUGACCAUUUCAGAUGUAUGGUGUGUUUUUACACUGCAAAACAGUCCCCAUGUGGAUAUUUCUUAUACUAAUUGUACCAUAAAGCUGUUUAUUCUUUCUUGUAAGAAUCCUUUACUAUAAAUAUUGUUAAAGUGUAAUGUAUUAGACAGUUAAAUAUUUUUAAAAUAAAUGUUUCCCUUGUUCUAAGACAGAGCAUUUACUUUGAUAAAUAAAUUUGAUAAAACCCUGCUGAAGGUGCAUGCUAGAA